AUGGACUCACUUCAUGAAGGUUAUCCUGAUGCUUCAACAGUUGACAAUGCUUCUCAACCUUUAAAAGGCAUGAUUCUUUGCUGUACCAAUGUUCCAGAUGAAAAGCGUACAGAGUUAAAUACUCAAGCGGAACAAAUGGGGGCCAGUAUUCGAGCUGAUCUCACAGUCGAAGUUACCCACCUAAUCGUUGGGCAUUGGGAUACUCCAAAAUAUCAUUAUGUUGCCCAGUUUCGACCGGAUGUUCGACCGAUGACUAUGGACUGGAUUGCGACAGUUAGGAACCUGUGGGUAAAUGAUCAUGAUAUAGAUAUGGAUUCAUUGGAACGACAAUAUACAUUACCUACCUUUACUUCCCUUAGAAUCAGUAUGACCGGAUGCGAUGACACAGCAGAGAGGCAGGAUAUUGCAGAAAAGAUCAAAGCAAAUGGGGGAGAAUAUGAUGGGAAUUUGACCAAACAAAUCACACAUUUGAUAUCGUUCCGAACAGAAGGCAACAAAUAUAAGGCGGCGAAGAGUUGGGGCUUACGGAUAGUCUCUGCCGAGUGGUUAUCAGAUAGCUUGGAAAGAGGGAUGAUUUUGAACGAGAAAUACUAUGAUCCUUCUUUACCAAUAGAUGAGAGGGGAAAGGGUUCUUGGGACAAAGAUAAGCCUAGGAUAAAUUCAUCGAGGAAGAGGGCGAGGGAGCAAUCGAUGUCUGGUGUAGAAGAGGGUAAAAGGAAAUUACGCAGAACUGCGAGUACGAAAUUAAACACCCAAAGUCAAAGUAUAUGGGGGGAUAUUGUUGGUAGUGGCAAUUCAAUCCAGGUAUCGAGAAGCGGAAUUUGGGAUACCAGUGAUAGCUUUGGACCGGCAGAGAAUAAACAACUCGAGAAAAGCAAAGAAGUUACACCACUUAAAGCUAAAACCCUUGACCUUGUUCAAGAUCCCAACCAACCAUCAGGUGGCAUAUUCCACGAAUGUCAGUUUUGGAUUCAUGGAUUUUCUGCUAAGCAUACACAAAUAUUGGAGAAUCAUCUCAAUGCACAUGAUGGUAAAGUGCUUCAGAAUGAGUCUGAUCUAAGUGCUCCUAACUCAAGAACACGGAGUUAUAUAAUCGUGCCAUCUCAUCUCUCUCCCGCAAAAUAUCCCAAUAACAGUUCAAAGGUUGAAUUGGUUACAGACUGGUGGGUAGAACGUUGUUUGCACCUCAAGAAAUAUCUCGAGCCAAAAGAACAUGUUCUAGGAAGACCAUUUCCCAAGUUUCCUAUAGAAGGUUUUAAUGGCCUGAAAAUUUCCUCCGCAGCGUUCACCGGUAUUGACAUUCUUCAUGUGAAGAAAGCCACCGAAUUAUUAGGGGGUACAUACAGCGAAGACAUGACUCCACAAUCUUCAGUUCUCGUCACAAAAUCUAUAGUCAGCCUUCGCAAAGACAAACUUGAACAUGCUCAAGAAUGGAAAAUUCCAAUUGUCACUGCCGAUUGGCUUUGGGAUUCGAUUAGAUCAGGAACUAAAGUACCAUUUGCCAAAUACAGAUGCAGAGCCACGAAACAACCAGCUUCGGCACCUAUCCCAAAUAAAGAGUCAGUGCCAAGACAUGACAGCAAUCCGGAACAGACGAUCAGCCAAAACAGAGGCUCAAUUUCUAGAUCAAGCACACUUCCUUCGCGGUCCUCAUUUAAAACACGCCGCAUUGCGCCCUUAGAUGAGAGUGCUUUUGCACCAUUAGAAACCGAAUCUCCCCCAAUAAAAGACGAGGAAGAGUCGGUUCCUCUGCCUAUCCAUCUCGAACCCGAAUCAUCAGAGCUCACCCCUCCUCCCCCUUCAAAACCCGAACCUCUGUCUGAAAUUCCCGCCAACUCACACUCUACAAACCCUACCCCCGCCACAAACUCCCACUCCUCAUCUACCUCGCGAACUCCCGAGGAAAAUUCCAUCGAUAUCAGUUCUCUCCUCGCCAAAACAAAACGUCCCGGCUCUUCCGUUUCCAUCCCAAACGGCACAGGUGCACCCAGCGAUCCUAAUUCCAAGCGACCCCGUCAACCCCGCGGAAAAGCAAUCAUGGGCCGCGCCCUCUCCAACGUAUCAACCACCUCACUCGCCUCCUCCGUAGACUCCACUGCUACGACCGGCCCCGCCGUAAUCUAUCCGCGCGAAGAAAGUCAAGAUGAAAUAAACGAAUUCAUGAAUCUUCGUGGCGAUAGACAGAAAGUGGCGGAAAAUAUCCCUCCAGCGACGCAGUUGGGAUAUAUGGAUAAAGAAGGCGAGGAGUAUCAGAUGAUGGUUCAAGGGAUCAUGGAGGGAAAGGGAAAGGAAGUGGUUGAGAGAGAAAUGAGCGUGGUGAGGGAAAUGGAAAAGGCAAAGAGGGAAUUGGGACGCAAAGGGACGAUUGGGGAUUUUUCAAAUGUGGGAGCCAAUAGUGGAAAAGGCGCGACGGGGACGAGAACAAGUGCACGGAAUAGGAAAAGUUAG